AUGGUUUCAUAUGUCUUUGCCGCCGCCUUCGCGGCGGGCUUGGUCAGCGCUGGAAGCCCUCAUGUGCACCAGCGACACGCAGCCCUGCACAAGGCUCCUUCUUACGAUGCUCCCAAGUUUCCCGUGCCGGAGAAGGCUAAUGCGACUUGUGGAUGUACGACUUAUACGACGACAUGGUACGGCGAGGCGACUCUGGGUCCUCCUGCGCCAGUGGAGGUGAAGAAGACGACAACGAUUUUGAACAUUGUGACGACGACCGCGACGAUCUACGCGGCGCAUCCAUCGAGCAGCACCACUAGCGAGGCCCCCAAGCAGCCACCAGUCUACGCUCCCAAGCCCGAGGAGCAGAAGUCCAGCACAUCCGCCGCGCCUGUCGCACCAACCUACGCCGCGAAACCACAGGCUCCAGCUGCAAAACCAGAGGCUCCCCCCUCCUACAACGCCCCCGCCCCCAAGCAGCCACCAGUCUACGCUCCCAAGCCCGAGGAGCAGAAGUCCAGCACAUCCGCCGCGCCUGUCGCACCAACCUACGCCGCGAAACCACAGGCUCCAGCUGCAAAACCAGAGGCUCCCCCCUCCUACAACGCCCCCGCACCCAAGAACAACGGCGGCAAGUCCCCCAUCACCCCAUCCGGCAACAAAUGGGCCAUGACCUACACGCCCUACACCGAUUCCGGCGCCUGCAAAGACACCUCCAGCGUGCACGCCGAUAUCGCCUCCAUCAAAGCCAUGGGCUUCAACACCGUCCGCCUCUACGCAACCGACUGCUCCGGGGUCCAGAACGUCGGCUCCGCCUGCACCUCCGUCGGCAUGAACCUGAUCAUGGGCAUCUACAUCGACGCCGCCGGCCUGCUUCCGGCCUACGCGCAGCUCUCCGAGCUCACGGCGUGGGGCAAGACCAAUGGCUGGGACAAAGUCGAAAUGGUCGUAGCCGGCAACGAAGCCGUCUUCAACGGCUUCUGCUCCGCCGCGGAUCUUGCCAACUUCAUCAACGACGUCAAGACAGCGUUCAAGGCAGCGGGCUACUCCGGCCCCGUCACCACCACCGAACCCCUCAACAUCAUCCAAGAAAACGCCGCGACCUUCUGCCCCGUUGUUGACGUCAUCGCCGCGAACCUGCACCCCUUCUUCAACGGCGGGGUGGCCGCUGCUGAUGCUGGGGAGUUCGUUAAAAGCCAGAUGGAUCUGCUUAGCCAGGCUUGCCAUGGGGAGAAGGAGGCGUACUGUCUGGAGACUGGAUGGCCUUCGGAGGGGAAUGCCAAUGGUGCUGCGAUCCCGGGUGUGAGUGAGCAGAAGCAGGCGGUUGAUAGUAUUGUUUCUGUGAUUGGAGGGAAAUGUGCGAUUUUCUCGUUUGAGAAUGAUGGAUGGAAGCAUCCGGGGGAUCUUAAUGUUGAGCAGCAUUUUGGGUGCUCGAGUAUUUUCAAGGAUUUGUUCUGA